AUGAUUAGAGGAGUGAUAAGAGUUUCAACUAAAAGUUGGACAGCACUCCAUUUUGCAACUGACUACAUCGUGUCUGCUUUUACAAAGUUGACUGUUGGCCAGGCAGAGCGGUUCCAAACCCGACUAGGAGUCAUUCGUUAUGCCAGCAGUGUUGAACUUAUCGCCGACCUUAACGUUUAUACUUCAACAGCAGACCUCUUCGACUUAAACAUAUCACUGCUGAACGAAACCGGCACGAACAUUGAGGGAGCGAUUCGCAUGGCGACGAAGAAGUUUUUGUCUUCAAGUCAUCGACGUGCUGCUCGCCCAGUUAUCAUCAUCGUUGGAAGCACUUAUAAGGAUGGUGGAUUCAACGACCCAACGCAGAUCGCUCGCGAGUUCCGUGAAGACGGUGGAGCGAUUAUUACCAUCGAGUAUGUACAAGAGCACGGAAUGGCAGUACCGAUGCUUCGAGCGCUGGCGUCACCAAACUUCAGUCUGACUAAUAAAAAGAUGGACGGUACACAACUGCGUGCUGAUGAGUUACGUCAGCUGCUUUGCGAAGCCAACUGCUUCUGUAAAAAGAAUUGGAUGCCUUAUAGAACAAAUAAGUGGGAUGCUCCACACGGCGGUUGCUAUUAUCCGGUUCCGAUUCCUUCAAUUCAGAUACUGGCCAACCGAACAUGUUUCCGAAGGAAUGACGCCAGGCUUGUACUCGAUGAAGACUCCAAGAAGGACGCGUUCUUAAUGUACGCCUUCCCACCCAAGACCAAGUUCUGGCUAGGACUGCGGUAUGAUGGUAACCAGUGGACAUGGCCAGGAGGCUACUCAGCCGGAUUCACGAAAUGGGCUCCGGGUCAACCGAAUUACCGCAAGGGAAAUUGCGCUUACGUGCAACAGUACCGAGGACUUCAAUCUGCAUGGUUCACUGACGACUGCGACAACGACCACAAUUAUAUCUGCCAAGCGAAGCCAUGUGAUUCAACCAAGUAUUGCCCAGCUGGGUAG